CAGCUCGAGGUUCGAAAGAGCGUCUUGGACACGCUUUUGUAUUCCUCGACGCAUCCGGACUACUCCUGCGUCCCGUCGCUUUCCGCGCAUUCUCACGAUCCCGAGGUACGGUUGCAGCAGUGCGACCUGGCAUGAAGCUCAACGCAGCCGGCCGGAUGUGAGGGAAGCUCAUUGGAUCCGGCCCGUGUGUCGCAGCUAUCAGAUUGCCAUUUUUUGACCUGUGACGUUAGUGAAGCCCGUCACCCCACCAUAACGACCCCUCCCAACAAUAACGCGCCUUCCCAGCCGCACCACAAAACUCUUCCAAGCUUCCAGACUAUUUUAGAACCCUUUAAAGCAACAACAAGCUAUCCAUCAUGGUUGUUAAGGUCGGUAUCAACGGUUUCGGCCGCAUUGGUCGCAUUGUCUUCCGCAACGCCAUCGAGCACAACGAUGUCGAGAUCGUCGCCGUCAACGAUCCCUUCAUUGAGCCUCACUACGCCGCGUACAUGCUCAAGUACGACAGCACACACGGCCGCUUCAACGGCGACAUCAAGGUCGAGGGCAACAACCUCUCCAUCAACGGCAAGACCAUCCGCUUCUACACCGAGAAGGACCCUGCCAACAUCCCCUGGAGCGAGACCGGCGCUUUCUACGUCGUCGAGUCCACCGGUGUCUUCACCACCACCGAGAAGGCCAAGGCUCACUUGAAGGGUGGCGCCAAGAAGGUUGUCAUCUCCGCUCCUUCUGCCGACGCUCCUAUGUUCGUCAUGGGUGUCAACAACGAGACCUACACAAAGGACAUUGAGGUCCUGUCCAACGCCUCUUGCACAACCAACUGCUUGGCUCCUCUCGCCAAGGUCAUCCACGACAAGUUCACCAUUAUCGAGGGUCUCAUGACCACUGUCCACUCCUACACCGCCACCCAGAAGGUCGUUGACGGUCCCUCCGCCAAGGACUGGCGUGGUGGCCGCACCGCUGCUCAGAACAUCAUUCCUUCCAGCACCGGUGCCGCCAAGGCUGUCGGCAAGGUCAUCCCCGACCUCAACGGCAAGCUUACCGGCAUGUCUAUGCGUGUCCCUACCUCCAACGUCUCCGUUGUUGACUUGACUGUCCGCAUCGAGAAGGGUGCUACCUACGACGAGAUCAAGGAGGCUGUCAAGGAGGCCUCCGAGGGCAAGCUCAAGGGCAUCCUCGGCUACACUGAGGAUGAGAUCGUCUCCUCUGACCUCAACGGUGACGACCGCUCCUCCAUCUUCGAUGCUAAGGCUGGUAUCUCUCUCAACAAGAACUUCGUCAAGCUCGUUUCCUGGUACGACAACGAGUGGGGUUACUCCCGCCGUGUCCUCGACCUCCUGGUCUACAUUGCCAAGGUUGAUGGCAACGCUUAGGAAUCAGGACAGAGCCAGGCCAUGCCUAAGCUUUGAAAGCCGAGUUAGAAAGGACAUGAAAGCCACCGCGUGUUAGUAAUUCCUUCAGUAAAAAUACGCUGGGGGUGCAGCCCCACAGGUGUUUAUGCUAGAUAUGAAUCAAUGAAUAAUAGUACAAGUAA